AUGACAGCGAACCAUGUGACGCUGAACAUCGUCUGGAGAAAAGGUGGAGAAGUCGCAGAGAGCGCAGAAGUGCGUUGGCGUUCCAUCGUGAACGCGCUGCUGGUGUUUGCGCAGUUUGCUCAAAGCGCCAAAGGUUUUAGCGCAAGUUCUGCACGUGUGGCGCCCUUCUCCCGUGUGGCGCCCUUCUCCCGUGUGGCGCCCUUCUCCCGUGUGGCGCCCUUCUCCCGUGUGGCGCCCUUCCCCCGUGUGGCGCCCUUCCCCCGUGUGGCGCCCUUCUCCCGUGUGGCGCCCUUCUCCCGUGUGGCGCCCUUCUCCCGUGUGGCGCCCUUCUCCCGUGUGGCGCCCUUCUCCCGUGUGGCGCCCUUCCCCCGUGUGGCGCCCUUCUCCCGUGUGGCGCCCUUCCCCCGUGUGGCGCCCUUCUCCCGUGUGGAUGGACUCGUGUUCUUCCAGGCGGUAGUUUCGCGUUGUCGUGAAUUUGCAAAACCGGCAUUUAAACAUGUUUUUGUGUUUUUCUGCUACGUGUUGAAGUAA